UGAGUUAUUACCUCUAAAAAAUAGCUAGGGUAGAAGUUUUGAGUUCCUAAAAACUCUGUGAUCCAUAUUCAACAUCAUGUCCAAAAGUUACAGCUCUAGCCUCUAUAUAUAUACAAACCCCUCAGCUAGGAUCUUGGAAGGAACCAAAUUGGGAGAAAUACGAGGGAAAGAGGCAAAUAGGAACAACAAAAAAGGAGAAAUCCUACUGACAAGUUUGCAAAUGGCCAGCUCCAAGACAACACUUGUACUUGCUGUUCUUUGUCUUCUCUUAAUAUCUGAGAUGGGGACCAUGGUUGCAGCUGAAAGACAAGAUUGCCAGACCAAGUGUGCCUUCAGGUGCAGCAAGUCAUGGAAGCCCAAGAUGUGCCAUAAAACAUGCAACACUUGCUGCCAAAGGUGCAAUGAUGGGUGUGUGCCUCCAGGGCCUACUGCUAACAGGGAUGUUUGCCCUUGCUAUGCACAGAUGAAGACCCAUGGAAAUAGAUACAAGUGCCCUUAAGCUUCAAACAAAAUUAUUUCUAUGUAUGUUAAUGCAACCAGCUCUCAAAGGAUUUGAUGUUGGUCAUUAGGAGAGCUCAUAGACCUAACUAUUAUGUUUUUAACAAUUGAAAGUGAAAAAAAAAAAUUCUGUGUUUUAAGCAAACAAAAAGGUGCAAUGUGUCUUUAGUUAAUUGAGGAAUUUUAAAGUGAGGAAUUAUGUAUACCUUCUAAAGCUAUAAACCCAGUCUAAUAAUAUAGGAUUCCAAAAUAGAAUACAAAUAGGAGUCAAUGUAGAACAAAAGGUUUAAAAUUAUAAAAUUACUCAAUAUUUUACGUAAAAUAAAAUUCUAAUCAAAUAAAAUUUCGAAUGUUAAUAGACU